AUGCCCUCUCGCACUGACUCCCCCCUUGACGUGGCCAUCAUUGGCGCCGGGCUGGGCGGCCUGUCUGCCGCGGUGGCCCUGCGUCGCCAAGGUCAUCAGGUCACGGUCUAUGAGCGCUACGACUUUGCUGGUGAGGUGGGCGCCUCGUUGAGUGCUGCGUCGAAUGGAUCGCGGUUCCUGGAGCAGUGGGGGGUGGAUGUGAAGGCCGCGAAGCCUGUCAUUCUGAAGAAGCUGAUCAUGCACGACUGGUCGUCCGGCCAGGUGCAGAGCGAGUACGGCCUGGGCGACUACAAGUCCAAGUUUGGCACGGACUACAACAACUUCCACCGCAUCGACAUCCAUAAGGAACUCCUCAAAUCCGCCUUUGAAGAACCUGGCGAUGGCCCCAAAUGCACCCUCAAAGUCAACCACAAGGCCACGGGCCUCGACGCCGAAGCAGGCGUCAUCCAGUUCGAGAACGGCACGACCGCAACGGCCGAUCUGAUCGUGGCCGCCGACGGGAUCCGCCUUCCCUCUAACAAAACCGUGUACAAGUCCCUCUCGCGCAGCUUCCUCGGCAUCACCCCUAAUUUCCAAAUGUCCACCUCAUGCUGCUACCGCUGCAUCAUCGGCGCGCCCAAGCUGCGCGAGCUCGGGCUCGAGGACUACAUCGACAACGAGGCGAUCGAGUACUGGGGCGGCUUCGGCAUCGACAAGAUCGUCAUGUCGCCCUGCAGCAACGGCGAGGUCGUCAGCUGCUACUGCUUCUACCCGGCCGAGUACAACGACCUGCGCGACGAUGGCUGGAACAUCUCCGCCACGCCGCAGCAGCUCGUCGAGACGUUCCCGGGGCUGGAUCCGCGCAUGAAGAAGCUGAUGCUGAAUGCGGAGGAUAUCAAGAUGUGGCGGUUGUAG